AUGGGUGUUUUGGAGACAGUUCUGAUUGCUCAAGAUAGCAGCAGCUGGUCUCAACCCACUACACAAUUGUCUCCUAAGAGAGCAGUUUUGGGUUUGUCGGCUUUGGCAAGUGAUCCCAGACCCAAAGUUCGUAAGAGAGCCCAGGAAGCACUUACAAAGGUGCUGGCCAACCCCCCUCCCAGUCCUAAAUUUGAACAUCCAGCAAGCUCUGUUGCAGCAGAGACUGCUUUGAAAAACCUGCUUGUGCAGUUGGAAGAGGAUAAAAAAGUCAAAAAGCAAGAUACUAAGAGUCCAUCAAAGGCUAUUCAUUCACUUCAACUCAUCAGAUCGAUUAGCAGUGUCAACCAGUGGCCUUCGGAGAAGAUCGAGCAAUUGUGUGAGGUUUUGUUGACUAUUACGAGAACUUCGGAUCAAUACUUGGUUGUGUCUGCUUUUAAUGUUUUCGAGGCUAUUUUCCAUGGUCUUACUGAUGAGGUUAUUGACGAACCCAAGGUUGUUAAGGUUUUGGAUAUUAUCGUCGAUUUAAAACCUUCUGUCACCGAUCAACAUCUUGCUCCUGCUUGGUUAGCAGUGAUUGCUCAAGCAGGCUCGUCAUAUGCUAAAUUACAACCCAUUCGUUCGUUUGCUCGUCUUCCUAAAUUGUUCACUUUAAUUGUCGAGUUUUUCCAAUCCGACUCGAAGAACGUUCGUAUCUCGGCAUCUCAGUGUUUGGUGGCUCUUAUUUCCACGUGUAUUCCUCCCGAAGUUCUGAGUACCAAAUCUAGUUACGACAAGACUGACAAAAUCCUUGCUAAACUCAGUGAUACCACGUUUAGUUUAUUACAUAUUCAGUAUCAUGGUUCUUGGCAAGAGGUGACUGAGGUUUUGGUGGCUCUUUUUGAUCAGCUUCGUUGGAAAUCGGCUCCUCAUCUCGUCAAUGCUCUCAAGGUGGUUGGCUCAUUACGUAGUGAAGAAUCGUUUGCUGAUGGCCGUGAACACUCUGAUAAUGUCAUUGCUGCUGCUAUUCGUGCUCUUGGUCCUGAAGUCGUGUUGCAAUACUUGCCAUUGAACUUGGAUCCUACUAGAACCAACAACGGUACUGGACGUGCGUGGCUAUUGCCUUUGUUGAGAGAUAAUGUUCAACAAGCCAGUCUGUCUCAUUUCGUUACAGAGUUUGUUCCUUUGAGCGAGAAGUUUGUUGCCAAGGUGGAUCAAUUGCAAGAGGAAGGUGAAAGUAGCAAGGACAGAGGAAUGCAAGUCAAGAUUUUCCAGACCCUCAAUGAUCAAAUCUGGUCUCUCUUACCCCGUUAUAUGGACUUGCCAUCGGAUCUUCGCACCUCUUUCGACCAGUCUUUUGCUGAAUUGCUCAGCAAUGUUCUUUACCAGAAAGUCGAGUAUCGAUCCAACAUCUGUCUUGCUCUUAGACUGGUGGUUGAAAGCAAUGUCGCUUAUUCUGAAGGUGCUGUUGACGACGAUGUUUUGUUGUUAGAAAGGUUCCCUAAGAAAGAGGCCAAGAAAAACGUCGAAUUCUUGGCUAAGAGUUAUGCUUCGAAGAUCUUGUCAGUGUUGUUCAAUGUUUUCAGUCAGACCUCGCCAGAAUUCAGAAACUACAUUCUCGAAUGUAUCAAUGCAUACUUGGCCAUCACUCCUGUUGAAGAUGUUGACACCACUUUCAACAAAGUAGCAUCACUUCUUCAUUCUUCUUUGGAAGACGAGGUCAAGGCUGCUGCCGAGGCUGGUGCUGCAACUACUGCCAAACAAACAGCCAUGUCUGCUACUAUGCUUGACCUCAUUGUGGCCAUGGCACCAUUCCUUCCGAAAACAUCGCACAACUCACUGCUGUCUAUCUUCGUGACGAUUUCUAAAUUAGCCGAGUUCCCUCAAUUACAGAAGAAAUCGUUCCGUGCAUUCACCAGAUUAAUGGAAAACGAAGACGGUGAGAACACAAUCAAGGAGAACAUGGAAAACGUUCAAAAUGCAUUUAUUCAAUUGGGUGACAAGGUUUCGUCGCCCGCCCGUGGCGCUAAACUGUCUGCUCUCAGCAAGAUUGUCGAGAUCAUGCCUUCUAGUGACCUUCAUUUUAUCCCCAGCAUUUUAUCCGAGACGGUUUUGUCUACCAAGGAUGUUAACGAGAAGACAAGAGAAGCUGCUUUCAACUUGUUGGUUCAAAUGGGUCGCAAAAUGCAACAAGGUGGUACUGUUGAGCACUCCAAGGUUCCCAACAUGGAUGCCGAUGCUCCUAAUGUUGAAGCUACCCUUGAAGAAUACUUCACAAUGGUGUCAGCAGGCUUGGCUGGAACCACUCCACACAUGAUCAGUGCCACCGUAACUGCCUUGAGCAGGAUAUUGUUUGAAUUCAGAGAUGAUAUCAGCGUCGAAAUGCUACAAGAGCUCUCUUCGACAGUGGAACUUUUCCUGACUUCUAACAACCGAGAAAUCGUGAGAUCAACACUUGGAUUCGUGAAAAUCACCGUCAUUUCACUGCCAACUGAGAUUGUUGAGCCUUCACUCAAGCAGCUCAUCACGAAUCUGAUGGUAUGGUCGCACGAGCACAAAGCUCACUUGCGAGCCAAGGUGAAGCACAUUAUCGAAAGACUUGUACGAAGAUUUGGUUACGAGAAGAUUGCUGCCAACUUUCCUGAAGAGGACCAGAAACUUCUCACUAACAUCCGCAAGACCAAAGAACGUGCUAAGAGACAAUCUAAGAAGGACGACAAUGACGAAGACGGUGGUGCCUCGCAGUCCCGCAAAGCGUCUAAAUUCGACAACGAGUUUGACGAAGCUAUCUAUGGCAGCAGUUCUGACGACAGUGACCGAGAAGGCUAUGAUUCUGAUGUGGAAAUGGGCAACACUCGAAGCAGUAAUAACAAAAAACAACAAAAGAGCAAAGCUCAAAACAACAGAUACAUCGUGGAAGAUGCCGAUGAGCCAUUGGAUUUGUUGGACCGCCGUUCAUUGGCCCACAUCUCAUCAACAAAACCCCGUGCUAACGCCAAACUCGAAAUCAAGGACAAGAACAAGUUUUCCCGCGAUGCUGCUGGCAAGAUUGUUGUCAAGGAUGUUGAAGAUGACAACGACAUCGAUAUCAAGAGCGGUAUUGAUGCAUACGUCGAGGCCAUGAAGAACGGACCCAUCCGAGGCCAGCGCAACAAACUCAAGUACAAGCGAUCCCGAAAGCACAACCAAGACAGUGACGACGACGGCGACGACGACGAAGUCAACGGCAACGCCAAAUUCGCCAGAAACAGUGGUGCCGGACCAAAACGCCGACACGACGCCGCCGACAACCGUGGCGGAAAACGGGCCCGUCCCAACACACAGCGACGGAAAUUAUAA